CACAUGGUGCUACAAGAGUAUGAACAUGUUGACUGCAUCAUGUAGAGCCUUGGAAUGCCACCAUACAGUUGUGCUAUUGUCCUUGCCUCAAUCCUACAUGUAGGUGACUGCCAAUACCUUGCCUUCAUGUGGAUGGAUGAUCUACCCUUUUGCUUCCAAUCUGGUGAUUAUCUACUCAUUAACUUCUCCCCUGCCAGGAAUGUCUCAUUAGAAAACUGGGCAGCUACAGCCUUGGAGCCCUUCUCUUUCUCUCCCAAAGGCACCAUGCCCCUGCUUCUAACCUGACUAUGGGACUGCAAACAGUGGUAGUGGCUAUGCCAAGAUAUCCCCCUGUAGCUCCUUGACCUUGCCUCCCACACUGGCAUUGCUGGUGCCUACAAUGCCCUCCAAUCUGCCAAGUGCCUGGAUGUUGCUGCCACCUGGAGCUACCCAGACAAGCUCAUUUGAUGGUCAC